AUGAGGAAGGAUAAAAGGCUAACGAAGGAACGGCAGGCGACCACUGACUACAACGACUACUAUGAAGAAGACGACGAUGUUAUGCAUUAUGCAGAGAGGUCGAGUUUCUAUUUGUCCUGGGGCCGUGUACUGCCGUCUACUACCUCGAAUACGUUCAAGAUUAAACGUAGUAUCGAAUAUUCUUUUAUCGUUUCAGAAUGCUUGUUUCCAGCGAGAUGGGAAGGCACGUGGUUCCAAAGUGGCGUGAGGCAAUCAAUAUUAAUAUCCAAGAACGAAUUAUCCACCAAAGGCAAGUGUCUGCACAACGAAGGUGACAAGUUUCUCCUAGUAGAUCAGAAAUCAUGCUACCGCUGCGUCGUCAUUCACGAGAAGCACUCCAACGUUCUACAGUACAAAGAGACUUUUUGCCACGGUAGGAACUCUCUGGCGUCUCUCUGCUCGUACAACGGGGAUGCGCUGCUAUACUCCAUGUUCCGCGAGGAAGACCCCCGUGCCGUGCCCUUUCGCGGCCCCAUGACCUUCUCCUACAAUCGUGGCCACGGCACGUGUUCGAAUCCACCGAGCAACGUCGACACCUGUACAGAUGACAGCAGACUCCUUUUCAAAUACCAGGCCUGUCCAGACGUUCCCGCUUCGGAGAGCGCAGUGGAGGAGCUGGAAUGCCUGGCCACCUGGAAGGAGGGCAGCAGCCGUUACUUAGUCGGCCGCCUGCAUCACGGCCACGCGUCCAGCAAUGAGGAUCGAUAUCGGUGCUUCGUCUACGAGAAGGCAGGCCAGACGGUGCAGAGCAACCUGAACAGGGCAGCCAUGGGGAUGGGCACCAUAGACCAUGAAGUCACCCUGCCGGGCGGACCGGUGCCCGAGGGUUCCGCCGAGGUAUACCGGGUGGCACAGAGCGGCGACGCGACGUGCAACGGUUUAUUCAGCCCCAUGGAGGGUUCUCGAACGAUGACCCUGAGGAAAGUCUCGUCCCCGGGCGAAUGUCGAUUCCCAAAUUGGCUGACUGGACACUCGAGUGGCGGACUGACCUGGCACACUUUGGACCUCGGUAGAUCCUAUACAUUUCAUCCGCGAAACGCGUCUCUGCACGUCGCCAGACCGAACGCGACUUCGUCGGGCUUCGAAAGUGGGUCUAUGGACUUGCAAUACGUGCCCGGACCGGAAGAUCAAGACGUGAAGAUCCUCUGCAAUAGCAUAAAGCAAUCGAAUGGCGCGCAGACCAUGACGAUGAUGCUGGUAGCACAUUUCACUGUUGGCUGUCGGAGCGGUUUUAUGUGCAUGACAUUCUACCGGAGAGACGGUCACGUGAUCGAGCUACAAACGGGAAGUGCGGUAUCUAGACCGGAAGAAGCAUGCAGCCCGCCCCAUUUUCUGCAGCACAGUAUGCCUUUCCUCACCUUAGUCACGAGCUCUCCGGAAACGCAUACCUGUCCGUACUUGGGCAAGUUCACGGUGACUGACGUGAACCGGAAUCAACGGAACACGCGCGAGAGCCGCAGGGGCCAACAUCAGCAAGAGUCCGUGCCUAUCCGACACGACGGCGAGAAGGUACGGCAUGCCCAGGAGAGGAAUGAGGAUCGGCGGGGUCGCAAGCUGGAUUACGAGGUCGAGAAGAGGCGGGCCAACAACGAGUAUCUGGUUCACGAGAGGAUGGGUCGGCGGGCGCGUUCGAAUCGCGGCGGCAACCGGAGCCGCAAGGACUAUAGUCUGGAGGAGGUCUCCUCGUCGAGAAGAUCCUCGGAGCUGGAGGAGAGGACCUUCCGAGAUCUGCGGGAGCGCGUCUCGCGAGCGAAGGUCAGGCGAUCGAACGACCUAGAGCAACGCGCCGUCGAGAGUUCGCGCUCUAAAACGAGAAGGUCGCGCGCCGUCGAGGAACGCGUUCCGCAAAACACGAGAUACGCGAUGAGUCGCGGAAGGAUCAGAAGAGACGAGGGCGAGACGAGGAUCGAGGAGGGGAUGAAUUCGAGAGAUAAGGCGAACAGAUCGAGAAGAUACCCGAAGAUGGAAGACUUUCGUCCGUACGACGCGGUCGGUCGAUUCUGGGCCGCCGACGACAGCUGGACCUCCAACACGCUGCAGGUGCAGGACGAUUAUUUUGGGAAUUAUCUGGACGUCGAGAGCCCGCCGAGAAAGAGAUCUAUAUUGGAGAGUCCAGGCGACAAGGGUAUGACCUAUAAGGAUCUCCUAAGGAUGAAGAGGGAGCUCGAGGAACACGAGAGGGACGAAGACACUCCAGAGAGGAGGGAGAAGAGAAACGAGGAUGACUCGAGGUGCAACUCCGAGGUGACGACCUUAACCGUGGGCUGCUCCACGGCGGACAGGAUGGAGUUUCAAAGUGACUGCGUCGACGACGACGCUAUCACCGCCUACUCCUGCCACGGUAGAUGGUUCGACGCCGAGGGCACGCAGUUCGUGAUCGCUACUCCGUUGGCGCGCAGAACAGCGUGGUCGAACAGCGAGAACAACAGGGCGCAGCCCUACAGAAACAGCCGUAGACUGUGCUUCAUGUACAAAGAGAGCGGCGGAGUUGUCAGUUUGACUGCCAGUCCCACAGCGUGUCAGAGGGGCAUCCCACCGCCCACGCCGCUGUUGGCCUUCAACGCUACCAGCACCGGCCAAUGCAUGGAAACGAACGGCGGGCAGAUCGGCCGAUCGACGUACCUGACGAUCGUUCUGCUGACGACGGUCGCCGCGAUAUUCAGGUGAUUCUAAUCGAAAGCGCGACAACUAAUCGAAAUCAAUUAAGGCUCAGACUCAGACGCGGUAUCGGACACUCAAGUGAGCUCGUUAUGGGAGAUAUUCGCGACGUAGUGAUCGACUGUGGCAUAUGGCGCAUUCGAUCGAUUGACCGAUCGAUCGAGCGCCCGGAUGUAUGUAAAAGCUGUGGAAGAGUACAAUCUUAAACUGCGAAUGAGGUAGAUGCGGGGGG